AUGACUCGAUCCCUUAGAAAUCCUGAUUGGUUGAUAAAUAGUAAUAAAAUUGGCUUUGGCUACAAUCUACUUGCUGGUUCUCCGGUGUGUUAUACAGGUGCAUGUCAGAUGGAUGAAUUUACUCGUUCAAUAUUCAAACUUAAUUAUUCAUCACCAGUUCCAGGAUCAUGUACCGACAAGUUUGUACCGAAUAACGUUGAGCUAGACUGUUUACCAUCUGGUACACAAACGGUUAAUAUUGAGGUUGUUGACACAAUUGAAAAUCUACAUGCAUCUAUUUCGAGUAAAGUUGACGUUUCCACUGGGGCGAAAUUCAGAGGUGUGGGCUUCUCCUAUACACGUUCAAAAGAAACCCAACAUAUGCUUGACAAUAUAAUCAAUAAACAUCGAACCUCUAUACUUACUGCAGUUGAAAUUUCUUAUGCUAAGCUAUCGAUGUUUCAACCUAAAAUGGAACUAUCGGAUAAUUUUCGAUACGUUAUUGACAAUAUAUUUUGUUGUGAAGAAGGUGAUCCAAUGACAGAAGAAUACGUGAAGGACUUCAUUUUUGACUAUUUUGGAGUUGCUUAUGUCACAAGUAUUCUGCUUGGUGGGGUAGCUCAACAAAAUAUCUUUAUUGAUCGAGAAGCAAAAGAAAAACUAGAAAGAAAUAGCAUACAAAUAAAACAUCAAGCAGUGGUCAGCUUUGAUUUAUCAAUGGGUUCAAAUAUAGGAAAUAGUUUUAAUGUUGGACCAACUGUGACCAAUGGAGUGAGCGAUGCCAACUAUAAUAUGUUCAAGAAAGAAGUUAAAUCAAUGUCCAACACUAAACUUGGUGGUGUUCCUGAUUUAAUCAGCUUUGCUGAAUGGUCCAAAACAGUUUCAGACAAUCCUGUUAUUAUUAAGCUGAAAGUUCGAGAUAUUUUUCGUCUUUUUACAAAACAUUACUUUCCAGAUGACCCUCUGAUAACAAAUAAAUCGAAACUAAUAGAAAAAAUAUUUGAGAAAUAUAUUACUAGUUCUGUUUACUGUGACAAUAACUGUGGUGGUAAUGACACUUAUGGAACAUGCCAACCGACUGGAUUUUUCCAGUAUGGAGUUUGUCAAUGUAAACCAGAAUGGACUGGUAGUGAUUGUAAAACAGCUGUCAUACAGCAUCAUAAAAUACUACACGGCACUAUUUGUGGAUUCGAUCGUCCUUUUAUACAGGUUAAGUGCGGUGGUGCACGUCCAUGGGAUGGAUGUCCAACUGGUUGGAUUAAGUAUAGUUGGCACAUUGAUUUAACUAUUUGUUAUAAAAAUCAAACAGUUAUCAGCAAUCCUUUCUACGGAACAAUAUGUGGACUUCAUUCUUAUCAUUCACCAUCUAAUUUUAGUUUUAAUGUAGGUUGUAAUGACAGUUCCAAUGUUUACACGGGUAAAUGCCCGACAAAUUAUCAACUAAUUCAUGAAACACAGGGACCAUGCAGUGCUUCGUUACCAUACCCAAACUUCUGCAAUGCAGGAAAUGCAGUUUGUGCAGCUGUAAACGUGAACGAGGACUCACCAGGAACACUAUGUGGGAUGCAAAUAGAAGGAUCAACUGAGGGUCCCUCGUGUGAUGGUUUCAAUCCAGGUUUACGACAAUGUCCUUCAAACUAUACUCCACAGCGUACUCUCCUCAACUAUCUUGGAUUUAUGGUUUGUGUGAAAACUCUUCACUAA